AUGCCGACCCAGUCUAAUACAUCCCAACCUGAAGUAUCUAACUUGGAAGAACCCCAGACCGGCGUCAUGGGCAACGCGUCGGUCGUCACGGCACCGCCACCAGCAUAUCUCACCCCAACACCAUUUGCAUCCGUCUCUUUUCAUGGCUCGCACCGCCUUCGAUUACUUAACUUCCCUGAGUCCGAUAUCACCGCUUUCAAGCACACCAUCUUACCUACUUGGCAUGGAAGUAUACAACAAGUGAAAGAAGACGCUGAUUCAACCGAACUCGAAUUGGAUAAGGACGUGUGGACCAGGCUUUUACACGAUGACAUACAGGCGAGAGAAUUAAUCCGAGUAAUACUGCAACAUCUAUACAACCGAGGAUGGAUUUUGCAAGCCAACACGAAUAUCAGCUUAGCUUCUCGCGACAUUGAUACGUUAAUAUUCCGAAAAGCUCCAGUUGUACCACCAGUAGCUGAAUGGAUAACUAUUACUUUCCCUACGUCCGAUCGUCUACGCUUUGGUGGGCUAUCCCAACAGCUGCUCACCGAUUUUAGACAAAUAUUGCAAAGUAAGCAACUAUUGCUGAAGGAGUAUUGCGUUGGGAAUGCUCGUUGGGACUUUCAGAUUCGGGACAUCUAUGGGAUCCCGAGGAAUCAGAAAUUGGAGCUGUGCGAAUGA